GGCCGUCAAUAUACCUAGUUUUUCUUUCUGAUUUGAAUUGAAUUCCUCGUAAUAUAAUUUUUUCUCGUGCAGAUCUGUGACCACCGCGUUUGUCUCUAUUUUCUGUUUAAAUAAAUAAUUGCAAAUUAGCAAUAUCGAUUGUCUAAUUAUAGCAAAACAAUAAAUACUUUUUACAUCAUCAAUCAAAAAAAUAAAAAUCAAUCUCCCCUACACAAAACAACAACAGCCGAAAAAAUGAAAUGAAAAAUCCAACCAUUCUCGUAGUGUUCGUUCGUUCGUAGUGUUGAAUUGAUGAUGAGAUAAAGUGCAAAAAGCAGUGAAAAAAGUGGAAAAAUUUAACAAAUUGGAAUUGUGAACCCUUCUUAAUUAAAGUUAUUUCAACAGCUCAUAAACGUAGUGUUCAAAAACCACAACACGAAUAAGUACAUAUAAAUAAUUUAAACAAAACAAAAAAAAAAUACCUUCUAACUUACGUUGAUUGCAAAAUCGCAAUAGAGUGUAUAAUAAAUUCGAAAAUAAAAAAAUAAAUAAAAAAUAUAGUGCAAACAAGUGAGACCAUCAAAAAAGUGCGGUUCCCACUGUGCGGUGACCUCUAAAAUUAAGUGCGCCUAUGUUUGUGUUUUCUUAAUUCUGUUUUUUUUUUUUCUUUUAAUUUUUAUUUGUUUAAUAAUUAUUUAUUCUUUUGGCCAUUUUAACCACAUACAUAAGUAAAAACGCAAAAAAGAAUAAUAAUAUUUAAUAUUAGAAGCUUCCCCACACUCUGUGCAAACUUUUGGCCUGAGACGGAGCCUCAAAAUCGUACUCGUUAUAUUACUUAAUUGUAAAGAGACUCUGAACCUGCAGCAAAAGAGGAAGCAAGGGGGAAGCAAACCAAGUGUUUGUGAUUUAGAUUUCAUUUUAAAUUGAACCGUGCUGUGUCGACCACGAUGACGGGAUGAUGUGGAAGAUCAUUUCGAACGGAUUUAGUUAAUGAAACUCAAUUACGUUUAAUUCGGAGCAAAGUCGUCCGUUCGUUGUUCGUUGUUCUCCGCCGCCGCUGUCACCGCUCCGCGCCGCGCUGCUCCGCCAACAAGGGCAAAUCGUGACAUCGUGAAAAUUCAGAUUUAAAAACAACAAUAAGUUUGAUUUGAGCCCUCGGGUCGAAUAGUACCUGCGCGAAAUUGUCUCGUAUUUUUUUGUUAUUAAUUUAAAGACGAAUGAAUCUUAUAGACCAGUAAUUUUUUUUUGAAAAAUAGUAUCGUGAUCGGCUACUGAAAGAAUCAUGGCCGAGAAUCAAACGGCUAGUGAAGACUCCGGUCAGCCACAGCAACAGCAGGAUCAACAGACUAGUAGUCAGCAAUCCCAGCAAACAGACAGUUCACCGGAUCAGGAAAGUUCAAGCGAUAGUAUUACUCCCAACCCAAGAUCAAAGACUUUGAAUAUGCGAAAUUCACUAACUUGCAUUAAAUUGCCAAGACCUGUUACCUCGACCAGCACCAGCGUUGACGGAUCAUCAGUUCAUAAAUCAUCUGGCAAACAUCAUCAUCACAAUCACAACCACCAUCAUAACCACAAUAGCACAAGCAGUGGUCAUCACGAGCAUAAUGUGAUCCAUCGGACCACAAGUGAGAGCCUUCGCUUGGGGUUGGAUUAUCCAGGCAAUGGUGGAGGGGGCAGCAUGACAAAUUCCACCAGCAAUAGCAGCUCAAUUCGGGAGGGAUCCUCCUCGAUGGCUGCUACAACAAAAAGCUCCAACUCGACUUCAAAUCAUUCACAUUCAAUGUCGUCCUCGUCCUCCCACUCGCAUUCGUCGCGUCCACAUUCGCACCCACACCUCCCGAACAGUGAGGGUGGUCCAAUGCAAAGAAAACCAAAGACAUCAUCGUUUCAGAUAACAUCGGUGACAGUUGGCAGCAAAUUCAGCUCCGAUAAUGGUGAUGAUUCGGCCGAUGAUCUUGAUGAAUCUCACACAGAUGACAACAGCCGAAUCACAGAUUUAGAGAAUGAGACUCCAAGCGUUUCCGAGGACACUUUUUCGAAGGAGGAUGUGUUCUUUGCCAACAACGCACUGAGUACGACCGCGCCUGUCAUUCCCACCAGUUCCCAAUAUGGUUUGGUCGUGGUUGACCCAAUCGGUUCUACCGUUGGACAAACUAUCCAAAAUGUCCAAGUGAAUGUCGCCGACAACGUCAUAAAUGUGGUUAGUGCCGUUGAUAACAAAAAGAAGUCGGAAUUAAAAGAGACUCAACACCGCAGCGAGCGUUUCAAAGUAGUAAAGAUCGAAUCAACCGAACCGUUUCGACGAGGUCGAUGGAUGUGCAUGGACUACUUGGAUCAUUCCGGAAAUCAAACUAUAAACAAGGAAGUAAGUUCAGAGAAGAAUGGUUCCGGAUCUGUUUCGGGAAUAUCGUCCAUGGCCAGUGGAGAUGAAGCCCUCCGUACAAAGACUAACACAAUGACGAAUAACUCAAAUGCUUCCGCUGCCACCGGUGGUAUUGGAAAUCAUAUUGACGCUGCUGCCCAAUUGGCAGCUGAUGGAAACCUAAAUAUUUAUCGGUCCGACAUUCAAACGACAGCCGCAGGAACUGGUCAGAAUUUUAAUAACCAGCCGACAGUUCAUGGCCAGACUAUAGGUGGGUCAGUGAACGUACAAUCCCAACAAACACUACAACAAUCACAGCUUCCUAAUCAAUUCCAAGGCACACUUUACGAGGGUAAUAGUGGCCACGGUCAGACAAUGCCAUUGGCAGCAUCCGACUUCCAAUACCAAGCUACACAGACUCAGAAUCAAAAUCAAAAUCAGAACCAGAACCAGCAGUCGUCACAGGUAAAUGGCAAUGAGACUCCUCCGGUUGCUGGACAAUCACAGCCUGCCAGUUUCUUUGCAAACCAAUUGAAUGCAACUUCAACUAAUGCUAAUGCCGGCGUAAAUAGUGCUCCGCCUACGUUUCAACAGCAACAAUCGACACCGGUUCAUGGAGCAACGCUGCCAGCCGGUAUUCACCUACAAAAUCUCGCUGAAGCACCAACCAAUACUGGAUUUCCAAAUGCAAACGCUAACGCAACCGCAUCCUAUGCUCCGCCUUUUGAAGGAGGUGGCGCUGCUACUCAUCCAACGUCAUUGCCAACACAACAGACAAGCCAAUCGUUCGAGGAGAAUACUGGCCAUGGUCAGACUAUUCCCAUGGCUGCAGCCGAUUUCCAACAGUUUCAAGCUGCCCAAAAUAACCAGCAGCCACAGGCAAAUGGUAAUGAGACUCCUUCGUCUGCUGGACAAUCACAGCCUGUGGGAUUCUUUGCAAAUAACACAAAUGCAUCCGCGACUGCUGCUUCUGCGGCUUCAAGUAGUGCUCCCCCGACUUUUCAACAGCAAAACUCGACUCCAGUUCAUGGUGCAACUUUGCCAGCAAACAUUCAUUUACAAAAUGGAGCUGGCCCAGGUCCUGCUAGUGCAACUGGUUUUCCAAACAAUAACGUAUCCUAUCAACCAGGUUUUGAAGGUAGCAGUGGUGCGCCUCAAGCUAAUACAUUGCCAAUGCAACAGACUGGCCAACAGCAACAGCAACAACAGCAGCCGCAACAACAACAGCAGCAGCAGCAACAACAGCAACAGCAGCAACCACCACAACAACAGCAGCAACAACAACAACAGCAGCAGCCACAACAACAGCAGCAACAAACGUACCCGGUUUAUUAUUCUCAAAGUAUGACCGGGCCGCAAACCUAUGCUGGAGCUGCUAUGAGUGGUGCAGCCUAUGCAAUCUCUGUGAACCAACAAAUAGGGACUGAUUCAAUUAAUUCGUACCAACAACAACAACAGCAGCCACAACAACAGCAGCAACAACAGCAACAACAACCACAACAACAGCAACAAAGUGAUUCAAAUGCUGGAACCCCCUCAGGAGGCACCAAUGGCCAACAACCGCAAUCUCAACCACAACAGCAGUUCCAACCGAUGCAAACAAAUCCACUUGCUGGUCAAUCAAUGCCUAUGCUAAACCAAAUGAAUUUCAAUCUUCAAGGUCAAUCGCAGGCUCAGUCGCAGCCGCAGCAACAACAGCCUGUUCAGGCCUCCCAAAACAAUACUCCAGCAACUAUAAGUGAUCCAACAGUUAUUGCUGCAACGAUACAACAACAGCAGCAACAAAACCAACAACAACAAAUUGAUAUGAACAAUUUCGCAACUAACAAUGGUAACAACGGUACUGUUACCGGGGGGAGUAAUACUAACACAGUGACUAAUACGCCUUCAGAAGGUAUGAAUGCUCCACAGCCACAGCAACAACAACAACAACAGCAAACAUCAUUACCAUCAUCAUCACUGUCUGUUGCGGGAUCAGUACAGGGAUCUUCAUCAUCAGGAGGAAGUGUUGCAGUUGCAUCGACUAUAGGCAGUACUACAGACGAAACUCAGCUGCACCAUGUUUCGGAAACAGAGACUGAAAGUAGUAAAGCUUCCAGCUUAGCCCUUGCACUUGAAAAUAGAGGUAAACGCAAUUCAAGCAUCCCACAGCUACCCAUCCUAGCACCCAUCUUUAAUUUUAAUGCGUCCACAGAUUCCUUAAGCAACAUUAAAGAUUCCGAUGUUGAUGGCGAUGGCGAUAAUGAUGGUGAUGGCGAUGAUGCCACUGAAGAAAAACACCAUCUCUUUACAAAUCUAGCGCUAGGGGAUGAAAGAUAUAUGUUGCAAAGCCGGACGUCCCCCAGCGAUGAGACAUUGGAUGGUGGUGAAUCAAUUGGCAAAAACUCCUCCGGAAUGCGUUCGCUUCCUAUACUAAUUGGAUCGCCAACUGGAGGUGGUGGUGGAAUAUUCAGUAGACAAACGAGUGAUAGUGUGAUGGCUCGUAGUGCGAGUCCAACUACCUUUCAGUAUUCGCCAUUCUACUAUGGUUCUCCAACUUCGUCCGAAUCGUUGGUGCAGCCAAUUUCAAUGAGCUUCGACCCAUCAAUUUAUGGAGGUGCAUCGACUCGACUUAGUGUUCCGACCUUAAUGUCUCAUGGUCAUCACGGCGGUGGUGCUAUCACCAGCGGUAAUAAUCGCUUGAUAAGAGUCAUUGAUGGUUGCGGACGGAGUGGAAUCGAUGGGCUUAAUCUUGGGCUAGGUCUUGGAAAUGAUGGAAAAACUUUGGCGGCAGCAACAGCAGCAGUCGCAGCAGCUGGAGGUGCAGCAUCUGUCCUAAACAGUGCAUCUGGUACAAGUGCAGUUGCUAUCGACAACAAAAUCGAACAAGCUAUGGAUUUGGUUAAAUCCCAUCUUAUGAUAGCAGUUCGAGAAGAAGUCGAAGUGCUUAAAGAGAAAAUAUCCGAAUUAAUGGAUAAAAUCAAUCAACUUGAGGUGGAGAAUACAAUUCUCAAGGCAAAUAUGUCCCAAGAAACACUUCAUCAAUUGCAAAUGCAAACUCAAUUGCAAAUAGCUGGUUCGGUUGGAUCUGGCAAUAUGAUUGCAGCACCACCAUUGCAACAACAAAUCCAACAACAACCACCGCAGCAGCAACAGCAAAUGCAGCAGCAACAACAACAACAACAGCAGCAGCAAACUAUUCCACAACAAUCCCAACAACAACAGCAACAAGCUCCUCCACAAGCUGUUGUCAAUCCUGCAACAAACUCCACCACUGGUCCAUUGUCAUAAAGAGAACAAUUGCUGUCAGCUUAAAUAAGAAACUUAAUAAACAUACAAAGCAAUUUAGCACUUGUAUUGGGAUUUUACAACAAAAACAAACAAAACAACAAUAUUUUUUAGUGUGAACUCUUCAUUUUACAACAGAACAAACAAAUAAAACAAAGAAACAAAAAAAACACAAAAACAAAAAAGCUACGAAGAAGAAGAAGGUAAAAUUUGUUGGAUGAAAAUGAAAGCGAAAGUGAGAAAUGUGAAAAAUAUGCAUAAUAUAAAAAAAACUACAUAAAUUAUCAACAAUUUUAAUUAAACAAAACUUUUAAAUAAAAAUCUCACGCUAAAAGAAGAUACAAAACAAAACACAAAAGAAGAAUCACAUUAAUAAAAGAAGAGAAGCAGCUUAUUAAAGCAAAUUCAGGAGUUGGAGAAUUUGCAAAAUGGCAAAAGAAAGAAAAACAAAAAUGAAAAAUGAAAAAUGUCACUAAAAAGAAAGACACACUAAUUUUAACAAACAAAAUUUUUAGAUUUUUAAAAAAAUCACAUUCGUAAAAAAAAAAACAAAAACAAACAUUUUUAAUUAAUAUAAUCACCUCAAAAAAAAAAGAAAAACAAAAAUGUUUUUUCUUACAUUAACACGAUUUCAAAAAACAAAAAACAUAUAAAUUCUUUAAGUUUUUUCUUUUUAAAUUUUCAUUUUUGUAUUUAAAAUUUUAUUAGCGUGUUAUUUCUAAAUUGUUUCGUUUCGUAGAGAAAAAAUUGUUAAGUUUUUUUUUUCUUUUUCAGUCAAAUCAUAUAAAGCGUUUUGUUGUAAAAUAAACAUAAAUGAAAUGAGCAAAGAGAAAAAAGAAACGCUUAAAAAUAAAUACUUUUGCACUAAGUAGAACUUUGAGAAAAAAUGAUGAAUGAUUAUUAAAAAAUGAAAAAGAAAAAAAAAGAAAAAUAUGAAGAAUCGAACAAAAAUUGAAAUUCUUGUACAGUUUUAGAAAAAAAAGUGAUAAUUUGCAUAACAUGUAACAAAACAAAAACACAUGAGUUUGAUCAAAAAAAGGACACAUCUGAAGUUGACUUUUUUUUGGAUAAAAAAAAUAAUGUUCUGAUAUAAACUAAACAAAAAAAAAAAUAAACACAACAUAGAUAAACAAAUUUUCUUUUCCUAUAUGCGUACAUAUAUAUUUUUUUACGAACUUCUUUAAAUUAUGAUUAUGCAAAAUUAAAUUAUAAAAAUAAAUCAAAAAAAAAGAAACAGAAAAUCUUAACUUAAAAUGUAACAAUGUGUAAAUAUUUAAAACAACAAAAGGAAUUUUCCUUAUUUUUUGUAUAUUUAAGUAAUUUAAAAAAAAUGUUUUUUUAUUUUUCUUUAAAUUAAUGUAUUAUUUUAUUGCUUAGGAAAGUUCUUUUAUAUAUAUAUAUGUGUACAUUAAACAAAAAAAUGAUGAUAAACUAAACUGAAAAACAAAAAUUGUAAAAGUUAAAAUGUUGUUACUCAAAAGUCGAUUUUUUUUAAAUAGAAAAAGCAAUGAAAACAGAAAAAAACACUAAUCUAAAAACAUAAAAGGAAAAAAGAAUGUAAACACAAAACAAAAAUUAAAUCUGAGGAUUAGACUUUUUGAGACAAGAAUUAAUUUUUUAAACGAUAUUUAUCAUGUGAAUAGAACAAAAAAAAAAUAAGAAAUGAAAUGAUUUUUAUAUGAACAUAAAAAAAUUAUUAUAAUCUUCCUAUAGAGACUCUAAUUGUCUAUGGAAAAAAGUGCUUCACGAUGGUUGCACGCUUGAUAAAAUGCGUCCGCAAAGCGCCGACUUAAUUCAUUCAUCUCAUUUUAAAUUUAUAAAAAAAACUAUCCUAAUAAAAUCGGGCCUACAUUGCACACAUAAGAGCUAUUUGUUAAAAAAAAAUCAUUGUUAUACAUGUCUCUUAAUAAAUUAUAAACAAAACAACAAAAAAAAAA